GCUCAAAUUAGAGAAACAUCAAAGAUGAAAAUUGCAUGUGCUAAUUUUAGCAUAUUCCAACACGUGUUAAAUUAGCAUAUUUCAAGUUUCAACACGUGUAAUCAUGGCUUCAAAUAUUCUUCUGUGUUUCUCUUGCUACCUGGCUUCCUCACUUCAUUUUUCACGCCCAAUUCAUCAGGAGCAAAUUUAAGGAUCUGUUUGGCUGUUCCGAGUUGGUUUAAUUGUGAAGAGUGAUGGGGGACAAAGCAAAGAUUAUUACAUCUACAGACAAAGGUUUGUUGCAAACUGAAGAAUUAUAUCAGUAUAUACUCGAUACUAGUGUGUAUCCACGCGAACCAGAAUGCCUGAAAGAACUAAGAGCCAUCACUUCAAAACUUCCGCGUGCACGCAUGGGUACGGCACCCGAUGCUGGACAAAAUCUGGCACUGAUUUUAAAGCUGAUCAAUGCGAAAAAGACGAUCGAAAUUGGAGUCUUCACUGGAUAUUCCCUGCUUCUAACUGCACUCACAAUUCCGGACGAUGGAAAGAUUACAGCAAUAGACAUGGACAGGAGCACAUUCGAGAUUGGAUUGCCGAUUAUUAAAAAGGCUGGAGUCAAGCACAAGAUCAAUUUUAUCGAAUCCGAGGCUCUUCCAAUUCUUGAUCAAUUAUUGAAAGACCCCGGGAACAAAGAGAGCUUUGACUUUGCUUACGUGGACGCGGAUAAAGUCAACUACGAGAACUACCAUGAGAAAGUGUUGGAGCUUUUGAAACCUGGUGGGGUUGUUAUUUACGAUAACACACUUUGGGGAGGCUCUGUUGCAUUGCCCGAGGAAUUAGUUCCGGAGGGUAUGCUACCGACUAGGAAAGCUUCGGUGGAGUUUAACAAAUACUUGGCGGCUGAUAUUCGCGUACAAAUUUCUCAAGUUCCUCUUGGUGAUGGAAUGACCAUUUGUCGCCGUUUGUAAAGACUUGGGAUUUUUUUUGUUGUUUUUUUUGGUGUGCGUAGCAAGAAUUGCUUAUGGUUAGGGAUGUAAUCCGGACGGAAUGGAUCGGCAAUGGUUUUUUCGGAAAAUUUUCAAUUUUGUUUGAAAGUAUAAAUUGAUUCCAAUUUCCGUUCCAAAAAAUCGGAAUGCAAAAUAUUAUUCCGAUUUCGAAAUGCCUCGGGAUCGUUGGAAUUUUGGAAAUUUCGGAAAUUACAUUAGUGUAUAAUCUCUUCUAAAUUCAGA